AUGACUGCCAUAACUCGUAAUUUCCCUUGGUUCAUCAAGGACCUAGGUGUCUCUAUUGUUGGAGAGAAAUGCUACGUGUCACUUGUCGAAAACCUGAACAUCAGUGAUGUUGAAUGUCUCAAAUAUUCUGCAUCGAAAGGUCUAGGAAUUGGUAUCGUCGUCGGUGGUUCUAUCAUGAAGCUACCACAGCUCAUGCUCAGUGCGCAUUUUUCUCUUCUUGUUUAUCGUUCUUUAACUAAGAAACACGGUGCGCCACCUACGGCAGUCCUCAAAGCGCGCUCCGCCCGCGGUCUCUCCUUCACUGCCUACAUCCUCGAAACGCUCUCCUACGCAAUCACAACAGCCUACAACUACAGGAAUAGCUACCCCUUCUCAACAUACGGAGAAAAUCUGUUCUUGACCGCCCAAAAUAUAGUCAUUACCCUCCUCAUCGUGUCCUACGCCCCUCCUUCCUCUUCCCGACCACUCACAUCACCACCCAAAUCCCCAACCACAUCCGUAGCCCUCCUCUCCCUCGCUACUGCCGUCUUUCUUGGCGCACUCUUCGUAGUUCCGGAAUACCUCCUCCAACUGCUCAUGAACUCCACUCUCCUCCUCUCCCUCUUCUCGAAACUGCCUCAAAUCACGCAAAACGCACGUGCCAGGUCCACCGGACAACUCUCCGCAUUCGCUGUGAUUGCGCAGAUUGGAGGAUGCGCGGCGAGGCUAUUCACCACCGCGACGGAGGUGGACGAUCUGGUGGUUACUGCUGGGUUCGUGCUUGCGUUAGUGCUGAACAUCGUGCUCGGGUGGCAGAUGUGGCAGUAUUGGGGUGCUGGCGUGGGCGAGGGUGCACAGGGUGAGGAGAAGGUCAUGUUGGGGCAUGGGCCGGGCGCUAGUAUCGACGAGAAGGUGGAGGAGAGGGCCUUUAAUGGAAAUGGCGCUGGAGCAGGAAUCGAGGUCGUGGUGCCGCCACAGUCGCCUGCCCCGUACCAGACUUAUGCGACGACGCAUCAAGGACCACAGCCCGGGAAGAGGUGGGCACGGAAGGUGGACUAAGGGCAUCCAACUAAUUUAUGUUUCGGGUUUGAUUGUUUUGGUCAAUCGCAUGGGUCGAUUAGUGUGGAAACUCUGGUUUGCAUGUAGUGUGUGCGUGCGCAAGUACGUACAUGAACUUAUUCCUUGGAUAAUUCAUUUCAUUUCUCUUUCC